AUGCAAGGUGUUCCGGAACAGAAUGAUUGCAUAAGUCAGGUAGUGUCUGGUACACAGCUUUGGUUGAGUGAGAAAGCCAAGAAUGCACUCUUUGUAAAUACCAGGCCAGAAAAUAUGUGGACUGACAAAUUUGAAAUGGCUCCAGUAUAUGCUAUUUUGUCUACUGACUUGCCAGAAGUGCAAAUAGAGAUCACUGACAAGCACAAUGAGUUCAGGAGAUUAGUAAGUCCAACUGCGAGCAACAUGCUGAAGAUGGUAUGGAAUGCUGAAGCUGCAAAGGAUGCUAAAAGUUGGGCAGAACAAUGUGUUUAUUCCCAUAGUCCUGAAUCCAGAAGAAAAGUUGUAAGCUGGUCUGUUGAGAUAGAUUACUUCACAUUCGGUGUUGGACCAACACCAUCAAAUGCAGUCAUUGGAUACUAUACUCAGAUGGCUUGGUAUAAGUCUUAUGAGAUUGGAUGUGCAGUUGCUUUCUGUCCAGACCGGGCUCUGUACAAGUACUAUUAUGUUUGCCAUUACUACCCUGCGGGAAAUGUAGUAGGAUCAACUACAACACCUUACAAAAUAGGAGAUCCAUGUGGCGACUGUCCUUAUGCUUGUGACAAUGGACUGUGCACCAAUCCCUGCAAGUAUGAAUAUACAUUCUCCAACCGUCGUCAAUUAAAAACGCAAUAUACCUGUAAACACCUGUUUGUCCUAAAAUAUUGUCUGCUGCAUGUUGCUGACAACCACCAAUUAGGAAACAGAGGGAACCAAGUUGCAAAAUGUGAACCAGUGUCUGCAGAGCAUACAGAUAUUGAGGAAAAUUGCAAAGAAGAAGAGGGUAAGGAGGCUUGUGACGAGGACUUCCAUGAGGGGAACAUUUCUGAAGAAGUGAGUGCCCGGGCUCCUAGACACCACCCUCCUUUCCCGGAGUAA